AUGGAUGUGUUGAAACCUAUUGAUAUUGUUGUUAAACAAUUACAAUCCCCGGACGAAAACCUUAUUUCAGCAUUGCACGUGGUCAACGCCGUCAAAGACGACAUCAAAUCGAAACGCGAAAAUAAUACUUCGAAUGAGAAAGUUAAAAAGAUGGUUGAUGAUUUCUUAGAAAGUGUGAGGAUCACGUCAACCGACGGCGUGCAAGUGCAACGCAGACCUACAAGAAAUACUGCUGUUCCCUCUCGUUUUGAUGAUUUUUUAAUAACUGACCGUAUCCCGAGCGCAAACAACAGUCGCACCAACUGUCAAAUUUUUGUCGAGUGCUUAGAUUUGCUGGAUGCGGAAUUCCUCCGAAGAUUUUCUGAAGAAAACAUCGCACUAUGGGAAGCCAUACUGGCCUUAUCGCCGUCGUCAGAUAAUUAUCUUGACUAUGAUGCUCUCAUACCCUUAUUUGAGUACGCGGUGAAUAUUCCAGUGAUAAGAGAUUUCUAUCAAAAAGAAAAAUUAUCACGCGAAGAUUUAGAAGCUGAGUGCCGAAUUUUUUCUCGUGUUUUUAAAGACAAAGAAUGGCCCAAGAAUGCAGCUGACAAAGUUGAUUUGAGCGAGGUCGCUAACAUUGUCUUAAAGGAACACCAGAAGGGAGCUCCUGUACUAUCUUCGUUGUACAAAGUAGCUAUCACUGCUGGUUUCACAUCAACGAGGGUUGAAUGUGUUUUUUCAUCCCUUACAAGAGUUGAUUCCCCUCAGCGGAGGUCGAUGAAAACAGAAAGAGAAGCAAAUCUAGCUUAUCUAAGUUUUGAAAGCGAAGUUCUGAUAAAUGACAUUACCUUUGACGAUUUUUACAAAGCUUGGAACUUGAAACCAAGAGCAUUGUCGUUGUAA